AUGAUGCCGAGCAGCAGACAGCGUCAGCUGGCCUUGGUUACCCAGUUGACAAGUACUCGCCUGGACCCCCGCCGCUCGCUGAGUGAACAAUUGGGAAAAUACGAAGAGCUUAUCAGGGAGUAUGAGCGGGUGGCCGGGACAAGGUACGCCGAGGAUCUGAUGAUCAGCACGCUGGUUUCUGCUGCACCGGCCGCGCUUCAGGCUCAACUUCACAUGUCGUUGGGCCCCGACACCACGUACCUGCAGGUUCGGGACAAGAUCCUCCUGUAUGAGCGGUCCACGGCGAGGUGGCAGUCGGGCACUUCUUUGGCGAUGCCCUCCCUGCACACCGGCGACACCGCUACACCUAUGGAGGUGGAUCGUGUGGAGAAGGGCGGCAAGAAGGGCAAGGGCAAGAAAGAUUGCUGGAGUGCCGGUGCCAACCCCAAGGGCAAAGGCAAAGGCAACAAAGUUCGGCAAGUGCAAGAGCAGAGCGACCCCCAGACUCCGGUGCCACCGUCCUCGGCGUCUACUACAAGCUCCACGGCACCCCCUUCGGUGAGUUCGGCCGGGCAGCACAACAAAGGAGUGCGCUUGGUGAGGAUGGUCACCCCACCAACGGCACCGAUCCUAGAGGUCUAUGAUAUGGCCAGCGACCCCGGCGACGAGAUCAACAUUGAGUAUGCCGUGCGGGCCGUGACGGUGCUAAAGUACAAAGGGGCGUGCCUCUCCCCGGGCGGCGCGGCCACGGAGGGCAAGGAGUGCGAGAUCAUUUUGGAUUCGGGGGCCGACGCCUCUAUGAUCCCCGAGUCCUUUGGCCACCUCGGGGAGGAAGAGCUUGACGCGAGUGCCCCACAGCUCGCGGAUGCGCAGGGCAACCAUAUCGCCAGCAGGGGGGUGCGAAAGUGCGAGUUCAUGUUGGAGGACGAGGCCGGCCAACGCUACCUCAUUCGGGAAAGUUGCGUUGUGGGCCCCGUCCGGUGCCCCCUGUUGGCCGUUGGGAAGCUUCUUCGCAAAGGCUGGCAGUUGAAAACUGGUGCCAGCCCUGGAGACCUUUUGCUCGAGGAGCCGUUCGGCAGGAGGACCCCAGUGGGCUAUCGUAACCACAGCCUUGUGGUGCGAGGACACGUGCGAGCGUUGACCGAGAUCCCUAGGUCGUUGCCAGCACGAGUGCCAGCCAUUGAGCUGCCCGAGGAUGUGCUGAGCAAAGUGGGCCAGGAGGGCAUGCACAGCCUGGCCAAUGGUUGGAAGAUGCACUUUUCUUCGGCAGCCACGACCCUUUUGGAUGGCCGGGACUGGUACGACGCAGACUAUUGGUGCUGCCGAACCACCUUCCUGCAGACCGAUCGCAAUAGGUGGCUGCAGGUGGAGAACAGCUCGGAUUAUUCCUAUGAGGAUAAUCCUUACGGCAUGGUCUCGCGGGAGCCGGUGGCGAGGGUCACUCUUUUCAACAUGACCCCGUUCGACGAUGCUUGCUUUCCUGGUGGCUUGGAACCCAAGGCUUCGGAACGAGGCCGCUAUGAGCCAUCGCCGGCUUCCCCACCGAGGCUGUUUCUUGGGAGGCCGGGCGACUACAUGGAGGAUGGCAGCCAGGCCGCAGACGCAGGACAAGCAAGCAGCAGCGGGCAAGUGCAGCAGCCAGCCGCGACCCAAGGCGAGCCAGAUGAGGAUGACGAGGUCAUGGGUGCACCACCGGCGGGCCUUACACAAGAGGAGCUGGAGUCCUAUAUCGGGACGUGGGCGGCCAAGGCCGCGGAGGAGGACACAGCGAGACUCCCACAUGAGGAGCGGGCGCCGGACGCAGUUCCUGAUGCCGACGCGCAGGCCCGACAUCGCCUCACCCACGUUCCUUUUGCCUCGUGGUGUGCGUCUUGUGUGAAGACACGGAGCCGGGACGACCACCACCGCCGCAAUGCUCACGACAAUGUGGUGCCGGUGGUGCAGGUGGACUUCUACUAUACCAAGGUGGACACAGAGAGCCGGCCCAACCCGGACGCACACCAGGAGUCCACCAACCUGAUUGCGGUGGACCUCCAGACUCGCAUGGUGCUUUCCGCGCCGGGGCCAGACAAGGGCCCUGGAAUGCUAAGGCAGGCCGCCGAGGAGCUCACCAGGUUUACGGUCAGCUUGCACGGGGAGGAGACCAUCACCAUGCAGUCCGACGGCGAGCCCAGCGUGAAGUCCCUGGUUAGAAGUGUGGCUGCAGCCCGGCAGCGGCUAGGGAAGCGCACCAAUCAGCGCACAACCCCUGUUGGGGACCACGCUGCCAAUGGAGCAGCUGAGCGUGCUAUCCAGACGGUGCGCCGGCUGGGAAACUGUUUUGCCGAGGCCUUUGAGGAACGAGCCGGGAAACUCAGCGUGGGGAGCCACCUUCGAGUUUGGGUGCAGGGCCACGCAGCAUUUAUUUACAAUCGUUUUCAUGUUCUUCCUGGCCUCAACAAGACCCCCUUUGAACUGGCCUACGGUGGCAAGCUGUUUGAGCAAAAGCUGUGCGAGUUCGGUGAGAUAGUGUAUGGCCGAGUUCUCCGCAAGUACAAGGGCGAGGCGCAGUGGAUUAAGGGCGUGUGGUGUGGCAUCAACCCACACAACGGCUCCCACCGCCUGAUGAGCACCUUUGGCCACAUCGAGUGCAAUGCGGUUCGGCGUGGCACCGCCGAGGUGCAGAUGACCGCGGCUGAGAUUGAGAAAGAGAUGUUUGGCCUCCCGUGGGAGCAUGGCAUUGUGGAGAAGAGGCGCCAGGCGAAGAGGAGGCAAGCUCCAACUGCCAUCGGCGCACCAGUGCUUACGGAACCUGCCGGGCUGAUUGCCCCACCUACGCCAGCUACCCCCGGGAGAGCCUCACAAGGUGUUCCAGCGACUCCGGCUUUGUCUUUGGCACCACCUACCCCUGCAGAACCUCGUCAUGGAGCAGGUGCGGGUGAUGAGGCAGGCAGUGACCCGCCAACAAGCAGUGCCGGGAGCAGCUCUGAAGACGAGCUUUUGGCCGCAGCAGAGGCCAGCCCUAGCGGAGUGAAGCGCAAGGCCGAGGGGGAGCUGGCAGCCGUGGCUAGACCCAAGCAAGCACCUGUGGCUGACAGCCACGCCCAGGGCACCAAGCGGAAGCCGGAGGACGAUGCGGAGGAGCCCGGGGACGGACCUAGCAUACGCUUGGUCGAGACAGUGGACGCAGAGUGGCACGAUGUGACCUAUGAGAUGAAGCCCGUGGUCGGCGAGAUCCUGGAGGACGGCCCCCACGGCGAGAUGGGCGAUGACAUGCCGCCCGACCUGGCCGCCCUAGAGCUUGCCGAGCUGGACGAGGCAGCAGAGAUAGCGGAGAUAGAGCGUUUGGAGCAGAUGGGCGUGUUGCUUCCAGACCGUGGCGAGCCGGCCGACCACUUGUCUACUACCUUUGCCACCACCUGGAAGAAGAAUGAUAAAGGUUGGUUUCGGCGAGCUCGUUUGGUGGCUCGCCAGUACAAAUGGGCCACCCAGAUGGAUGAGGACGAGACGUUUGCACCAGCAUCGGUGGCCGCAUUGGGCCGCCUGGUGCCAAUGAUGGCGAUGAUGUGGGGCACCCCCAUCUAUGUGCUCGACAUCAAGGACGCGUACCUCACCGUGGAGCAGCCAGAGGACGAGCCGGUGGUGAUCACGUCACCAGCCUCGUGGUACAAGCGCCACGGCACCCACAAGCAGUGGCGGCUGGGACGUGUACUCCCAGGGCAACGCCGAGGAGCACAAGAGUGGUACAGCAAGUUCAACCGCGACCUCAGGGCAAACCACCUUGAACCCAUGCUCGAGGCCCCCACGCUGUAUCGACACCUGGCUGGUCAGUUUGCUGCGCAACUUCAUGUCGACGACAUGUUGUCUUCAGGUGUUGCCGAGUUAGGUGAGCCCCUCUACGCCAACCUCAAGGAGCAGUACACAGUCAAGAUUGCAGGCCCUUUUUCCAAGCCUGGUGAUGAGUUUGAGUUUCUUAAGCGGAGGUACUGUGUCGAAGAAAAUGGGAGCAUCACUGUGAGGCCAGCUCUGCGGUUCUAUUAUGAUAUCUGGGAGCUAGCCGGCAAGCCGAAGACGAGGAGCACCCCGGGCCCACAAGAUAUGGUGUUUGGCGUGGACGACAGUGACUUGCUGGAUUCCAAGCAGGCCACCGACUUCCGCACCAUUGUGGGCAAGCUCCUCUAUAUCAGCAACGAGCGCCCGGAUGCCCAGGUGGUGAUACAAUAUUUAGCGUCGAGGGCGAGCUCCCCAACGGUGACUUCGAAGCGGGUGGUGGAACAUUUGGCCGGCUACUUUUGGGCCACCCAAGGGCAUGGCAUCAAUUUGUGCCCCUGUCGAGGACGAUCAGUGAUGCGCACCGAGGACCCGUCAGGCCCAGGGGGCGACUUGCCACCAGCCCGCAUCAAAGGGGCCAAGCACUUGGUCGAGGCAGUGUCCGAUUCGAAUUUUGCCAACGACCGGACCACCAGACGGAGCCUCAGCUCAGGACAGUUGUACGUGAAUGGGGCUUUGGCUUUCUCCUUUGUGCGAGCCCAGAAAGUUGUCACAACAAGCUCGGGGGAAGCCGAACUGGUGGCCCUCACUCAGACGGUGGGUGAAGCAGUGCUCCUUCGGAAGGCCCUUGCUUUCCUCGAGGGCGCCAGGGACGCUGAUGUGGAUCUGGUUGCCCGUACAGACAGUUCGGUGGCCAGGGCCAUAGCCGCACGAAGCGGUGUGGGCCGGGUGAAGCACCUGGCAACUUCUUGUUUGUGGUUGCAAGGCUGGGUGGCGCGAAAAGAGCUCCGGGUCGCCGCCAUCCCCACGGAGGUCAACCCAGCAGAUGUGGGGACGAAGGUACUGGCGGCGCGGAGACUGGCAAUGCUUCUGUUUAUCCUUGGCAUGGUCGGGGAAAGCGGCGAGCGAAUUGGCCGAUGCGAGUUCGAGGAGCGCGCUGCCCGACAAGGAGGCCGCCAGCGUGGUGUGAUGAGGCUGGCGCAGAUGCUUGUGGCAAUGCAGCUUCAGGGGUGCAGCGCCGAAGGCGAAGCGACAGCAGCGGCGGUUGAGAGCACUCUUGUGAAGUUUGCUUUCUUCCUGGAGUAUGUCAUGGCCAUGUUCGCAGGCAACCCCGGGAUCAUGCUGUGCAUCGUGGUUUUUGUUGUGAUCCUUGCUGCGGUGUUUGUUGGGAGCCAGUUGCAGUGGACAUUCAAGCUCGAAGUGUCCAACAACAAGGGGCUUGAGCCGGCUACGAAGGACAACGAGAACCAAACGAAGGACGACGAGAACCAAACGAAGGACCACGAGAACCAGACGAAGGACCACGAGACCCAGACGAAGGACCUCGAGAACCAGACGAAGGACCACGAGAACCAGACGAAGGACCACGAGAACCAGACGAAGGACCUCGAGAACCAGAUGAAGGACCACGAGAACCAGUUCAUGGCACAGGACAGCAGUCACGUUCAGCUAGAUUGUUGGAGCGAGGGGGCGCAACAACCAGACGUGUGGCACAAGAG